AGCUCUGCAGAACACCCACCACGGAAGAAAGGCAGAACAAGAGCGCUGAAGUCUGAAAAUGAGAAAUUGAAAGGAAGACGGGGACGUGAACAUUGAGAGAGACGACACAGAGCUGCCGGGGAAACUAGUGAAGAGAACCAGGAUGGAGCUGUGGCGGCAGUGUGCAAUGUGGUUGAUCGACUGUCGAGUCCUUCCUGAGAACCACCGGGUCACAUGGGAGGGAGCUCAGGUGUGUGACCUGGCUCAGGCUCUGAGAGAUGGCGUGCUUCUCUGCCAGUUGCUCAACAACCUGCUGCCUCAGGCUGUCAACCUGAGAGAGAUCAACCUGCGGCCACAGAUGUCUCAGUUCCUGUGUCUAAAGAACAUCCGAACGUUCCUGGGAGUUUGUCAAGAGAGGUUUCAUCUCAGAAAGAGCGAACUCUUUGAAGCCUUUGACCUGUUUGAUGUUCGAGAUUUUGCAAAGGUCAUAGACACUUUGUCCAUCCUGUCUCAUUCAUCAACUGCCGUGCAAAGAGGAUUUCAGCCGUUUCCUUUGGAAGGAUGUGCUCCAGAUGAUGAGAUCUACAGCGGCCUGUCUGACCAGAUAGAUGAUACAGUGGAUGAGGACGACGACUUGUAUGACUUCGUGGAGGAUGAGGAGAACGAAGGAGAUGAGAUCUACGAAGACUUGAUGAGGACAGACGAACAGCCUGAAACUCAACAGAAGACUGGUGUAGACAAGCGAGAGUGCUGCCUGCAGGAGAUCAGACAGACAGAGGAGAAAUACACCGAUACACUGCAAUCUAUAUUACAGCACUUUAUGAAGCCUCUUGAAAGGUUUCUCGUGGCUGAAGAAAUUGAAAGUAUCUUCAUCAAUAUAGAGGAUUUGGUUCACAUCCAUCGUAGCAUGCUGGGGGAGGUUCAGACCUCCAUCCAGCAGUAUGGAGCUAAGACUCUCUACCAGGUGUUUCUGAACUACAAGGAAAGGUUGUUACUCUACGGUCGUUACUGUAGUCAGGUUGAAGCAGCAACAAAACACCUCGACAAGCUUUCAAAUUCGAGGGAGGACAUCAGGAUGAAACUGGAGGAGUGUUCAAAGAGAGCAAACAGCGGCCGGUUUUCUCUCAGAGAUUUACUCAUGGUCCCUAUGCAGAGAGUCCUCAAAUAUCACCUGCUGUUACAGGAGCUGGUGAAACACACCACAGACCCAACAGAAAAGGACAACCUCCGAACAGCUCUUGAUGCCAUGAGAGACCUGGCACAGAGUGUGAACGAAGUAAAGCGAGACAAUGAGAUCAUCAAGCAAAUCACUGACUUUCAGUUGUCUAUAGUAAACAUGACUCAGUCUCUAGCUCUCUACGGUCGUCCAAAGAUCGAUGGAGAACUGAAGAUCUGCAGCUCCGAGAAAAAGUCUAAACAGGACAGGUAUGCAUUCCUCUUCGAUAAAGCUGUGAUUAUUUGUAAGAAGAAAAGCGGAGAGACAUUUGAGCUAAAGGAGGUUAUUGAACUACAGCGUUACCAGAUAAGAGAUGAAACCACAGGAGAGAAGGACCAUAAAAAGUGGUCCUAUUUGUUCCUCCUGCUGGACUGCUAUGGGAGUUGUGGGUACGAUUUAUUCUUCAAAACUAGAGAAAUGAAGAAGAAAUGGCUGGAACAGUUUGAGAUGGCUAUGUCAAAUAUGUGUCCUGAGAACUCCACAGCAAACAACCAUGACUUCCAGAUGCACUGCUACGAGGAAACCACCUCCUGCAAGGCCUGCUCAAUGUUGUUAAGAGGGAUUUUUUUCCAGGGCUAUCGCUGCACUCGUUGUAAAAUGGCAGCACAUAAAGAGUGUUUAGGCAGAGUCCCUGCCUGCGGAAGAAACUCAGAUAACUCUGGUAAUACAAAGAAGCCCCAGCAGAAUAAAUCAAGGCCCCCAGGACAUUCCAGUGUUGGACUUCCUAAGAUGGAGGUGAGUCAGGAGUACUACGGCCUGCCGCCGCCUCCUGUAGGUUUCGGACAACCGCUUCAGCUCUCCAAAGGCGACAUCAUUGAGCUGACCCGGGCCAACGUCGACAUGCACUGGUGGGAGGGAAGAAACCUAACUGCUGGUCAAAUGGGAUGGUUCCCCUGCCAAAAAGUUAAGCCCUACAGCAGUAGGCCGACCCCAGACCUGUCUGCCUUCAGCUGGUUCGCAGGGAACAUGGACCGCACCGCCGCCAAAAACCUGUUAAUGUCCCGGUCUGAUGGAACCUUCCUCGUGCGACAGAAAGACGGGGGAGAGUUUGCCAUCAGCAUCAAGUUCAACAUGGACAUCAGACACAUUAAGAUCACGGCUAGUGAAGGACUUUACCGCAUCAACGAUAAGAAAGCAUUCAAGGGUUUAAUCGAGAUGAUUCAGUUUUACCAGCAGAACUCUUUGAAGGAGUACUUUAAGGAUGUGGACACCACGCUGCAAACGCCGUACAAACAACCAGAGCAGAGCAACUCAUCCAACAGCACGCCGAAUACCACACCAGGGGGCAGCAUUAGGAGCUUCGGCGUAGCGAGGGCCAGGUACGACUUCUCCGCCAGGGACCGCUCAGAGCUGUCGCUGCGGGAAGGAGACACCAUCAAGAUCCUCUCCAAGAAGGGCCACAGUGGCUGGUGGAAAGGAGAGGUCUACGGCCGGGUGGGGCUCUUUCCAGCCAACUAUGUGGAGGAGGAUUACUCUGACUACUGCUGAUGAGCCUCCAGAGGAGAUGUGUAGACCCAUAGUGUUUGUGCAGGGGUCAGAGUGAGCGAUUGCAUUAACCCAUAUGCAUGAGUGUGGCCGUGUGCGUGUGAGAAAGAUGCCAGUACUUGUGAUGUAAUGAUUGUCUUGUGAUGUGAAUAAAACUUUAGUAACUAACUUGAA